AUGACAGAUAAUCAACCAUUGUCAAGACGCCAACGGUUAUUAGGAAUUGCUAGAAGUACUAGAGAUAAUUAUAUACCAAAAAUAACAGGAUCAGUGAGCUCAUUAGCUACAGGUGCAACACGAGCUUUUUCUAAUCCAGAAGUUUACGAUGAUUAUGGGAGGGUUAUACUACCGAAGGAUACGACUAUCCAAUUGUUCCCCUCUUAUACCAGAAAGCAAGAUGAUAAAUACUAUGUGGAUGUACAAGGAUGGGUUUUCACCCCAGGAGUAAUGAAUAGAAAGAAUAGAGUGGUAUUUUCAGUUAUCAAGCAAAUAAUGAGACAAAGGGAAACUACACAGGCACAACUUACGAAUUUGGAAAAUGAUAGUAGUAUGAAACAGGAAGUUUUCAAUCCAGAUUCAUCAAACUCAGAUACAGAAUCUAUAAUGUCAGUAGAAUCCAGUCAAAGUUCACAGGGAUCUAAUGGAUCAUUAAACCCCGAUGAUGUGAUGAAGGAAAGAUUGUCUAGUUUCUUUGCCAAGUCGAUACCGAACACAGAAUUGGUCGUUACUGUGGGGUCGGAGAAAAGUGUUGAAGAACUUGUCAAACAAACGAUAUAUACUGAUGGAUAUGGUCAUUUUGAAACUACAAUUGAGGUUCCUUAUAAACCUUCAGUAGUACAGGUAGCAUCUGGAAUGAUGGAAACGGUGUUCACAUUUCAAGAUAUCAUGAUUUAUCCUAACGAUGGUAUUGGGGUGAUAAGUGAUAUUGAUGAUACAAUUAAAUUAACAGGUGUCAUCGGUGAAAAAAUGAUCCUAUUGCGAAAUCUAUUAACCAACGAAGUGGGCCUGUGGGCAAUUCCAGAAGUCACACAAUGGUAUGGUGAUAUCUACAAGGAUGAAGAUGUGAACUUCUUUUAUGUAUCAAACUCGCCAUGGCAAUUAUUUGACACCAUCAAGCAAUACUUCCACUUUGCUGAAUUACCGCCUGGUUCUGUUCAUUUGAAAAGAUACUCUGGUAAUAUUAUAGCUUCAUUGUUGGAACCGUCUCAAUCUAGAAAGAAAAGAUCAUUGCAUAAAAUCCUCCAAGAUUUCCCUGACAAGAAAUUUGUAUGUGUUGGUGAUUCAGGAGAGUACGACUUGGAAGCAUAUGUUGACAUUGCAAAAACUUUUCCUAACCAAGUAUUGUCCAUUAACAUCAGAUAUGUGGAAGACUCAUUUUCUGAUAUUGAUGAUCGUAAAAUUUACAAUGAAUUGAUACGAUUGCUUACCACCACCAAGAAGGAAAUACCCGUUACUCCAAAGAUACAUUCCUCUCCAAAACGAAAACCACCUCCUAAGCAACUAGAUGAAGAAAUGGACGACUUGAUUGACUUGUCUGAGGAUACCGUGGUGAAAAAACCAGCACCAAUUGUUCCAAGAAAACCAACUAGUUUGAAGGGUCAACAAAUAGGAAGAAAGAUUCCACCCCCACCUCCAAUUCCAAGAAGAACAGCUCUGCAAACAAAUAUCCAUCCAAUCACAAAGAGUUAUACAGAUUCUGUUUUGGAAUCAUCUCAACCACGUCAUUCAAAUUCACAACUGCUGCUGCUGCAAUUACUGAUUCUGCUGGAACCACUGGUACGAAAAUCUAGACCGCCCGCACCACUACCACCAUCAUCUUCUAACAUUGCUUCUGAUGGUAACUCUAUGAGUGAUGAUUUGCCUCCAUUGCCCCCAAGACGGUAUGCAACCACCCCAGAAUUGCAUUCUUCCCAAUCAAGUGAGAGUGAGUUGGAUAGUAUUUGUAAUUCCCCAGGAUUUUACGACCUCGAAGAAAUGGAUAAGAAAGGUGCUAAUUGGAUAAGAAGGAUAAUAACUGCCAUCCGUACCUUAGAAGGAACUAACACGAAGAUAAUUAUCUUUAAAGAUAACGAAACUGAUUUUUUCAAAAAUAGUACUAUUGAGUUAGAUGAACUUCGUAAGAAAUAG